UGGAAAUUUUGAAUAUGAUGCUCGACAAAAUGAAUUGGAGCGGCUUUUCGGUAGAUAUGGGAAAGUUGACAGAGUGGAUAUGAAGUCUGGAUUAUCUUGGGAUAUCCAUUCUCUCCCAGGCUAGUGGAUGGGCUCUUCAGAAUUCCUUGUCUUGCCUGUGACGAGCUUCCUCUUCUUGUUAUCAAGAAGAGUCACUCUGAUCUGCCAUUGCACUACCGCCAUCCCACAUUUUCCACAGUCACAAUUGCCUUUCAUUCUUCAUGAAUUUCGCCCAGCCCUCAAUUUCAGACAUGUUUCAAGAUUGAAACACUGCCCAAUCCCAUGGCAGAGGCAGCAGAUUAGAUGGAGAAGGCACUAUCUUUACAUUGACCCACCAUGAGACAUCCACUUUUGGAUUGUUGUCCCUUGACAUCACUUAGUUCAUAAUACAAGGGUUUGCUUUUAUCUAUAUGGAAGAUGAGAGAGAUGCUGAGUAUGCUAUUCGGGGACUGGAUCGGAAAGAAUUUGGUAGAAAAGGACGCAGGCUUCGUGUUGAAUGGACGAAGGUAGCAAAUCAUGAACGUGGUACUAGAAGACCGGGUGCUUCAAGAAGAUCUUCGACUAAUACAAGACCUUCAAAGACCUUGUUUGUUAUAAAUUUUGAUCCGUAUCACACUAGGACCAAGGAUUUGGAGAGGCACUUUGAUCCAUAUGGGAAAAUUGUGAGUGUUAGGAUCAGAAGAAAUUUCGCAUUUGUUCAGUAUGAGUCACAAGAAGAUGCUACUAGGGCAUUGGAAGCUACGAACAUGAGCAAGCUGAUGGAUCGAGUUAUAUCAGUGGAGUAUGCAGUUCGUGAUGAUGAUGAAAGAAGAGACGGCUUUAGUCCUGAUAGGAGAAGUCGUGAUAGAUCACUAGACAGAGGCCGUGAUAGAAGAAGAUCCCCAAGUCCCUACAAAAGAGAGAGGGGUAGCCCUGAUUAUGGCCGUGGCCCUAGCCCUGGUCCCUACCGGAGAGAGAGGGGUAGUCCUGAUUAUGGCCGUGGCCCAAGUCCUUAUCGAAGGGAGAGAGUAAGUCCAGACUAUGGGCGAGGCCACAGCCCAAGUCCCUAUCGAAGGGAGAGAUCUGAUCAUGGCCGGAUCACUAGUCGUAGUCCCCGGAAAGAGAGGGUGAGUGCAGACCGUAUCCGUGAUCGUACCCGUAGCCGUAGUCCUUAUGGAAGAGAGAGGCCUGGUGCUGACAAUGGCCAUGCUCCCAUCCAUAGUCCAUAUAAGAGAGAUAGGGACAGUCCUGAAAAUGGUGCCAUCGAGAGUCCAUAUAAGAGAGAGAGGGGCAGUCCUGAAAAUGGCGCCAUCCAGAGUCCAUAUAAGAGAGAUAGGAGUAGUCCUGAAAAUGGUCGGGGCCCCAGCAGCAGUCCUUAUGAAAGAGAGAGGGUCAGCCCUGAACAUGGUCGCGGUCCAAGCCCCAAUUCUGUGCCUGAAGCUAGGGGGGACAGCCCUAACUAUGGUGGGCCUGAAAGCCCCAUGCAGGAGAGAUAUAGCAGCCGUUCACCACAAGCUGAGGAAUGAUGAUGAUCUUGAUCAGUGGUUUGGAUCUGUCUGGUUGUGAGAUGCUGCAGUUUGUGGUUCCCUUGAAAACUCCCUCUGUAGAGUCGAAUCGUAAUACAGCUUAUGUAGUUUCUUGUAGCCUUAUUUCUGAGUUGUAGCUUUUAGAGAUACUUGUCUGCAGUUGUUUCAAAACUUCAUGGAACUUAUUAUUGCUAUUGAACAAGCAACUUGAUACAGAAUUUGGCCCUCCAAGUGGUUGUUUACAAUUUCAAUUUCAAUUUCAAUUUCUUGAAUGUUCCGUUCGUAA